UUAGAAAUUAUAGAAGUAAAAACCUAGAAAACCACUAUAACUGCGCCGGCAGUAAUAAUGAGGAGCUGGCGAUACGGCCGGUUCAGUUCUUCUGAGUCGCUUGUGACAGCAUUUACCGAACCAGUUACCCCAGAACCUGAAGAUGGAUGAACUCCCUCCGGAACAACUUGCCGUGCUGCGCAAAGCCUUCGAGGCCUUCGACAGCCAGAAAUCGGGCAGCAUUCCCUGCGACAUGGUGGCCGACAUCCUGCGCCUGAUGGGCCAGCCCUUCGACAAGAAAAUCCUCGAAGAACUCAUCGAAGAGGUGGACGCUGACAAAUCUGGUCGUUUGGAAUUCGAGGAAUUCGUCACCUUGGCCGCCAAAUUCAUCGUUGAAGAGGACGAUGAAGCCAUGCAGAAGGAACUGAAAGAAGCCUUCAGGUUAUACGAUAAAGAAGGAAAUGGGUACAUUCCUACUAGCUGUUUACGGGAAAUUCUGAGGGAACUCGACGACCAGUUAACCGACAAGGAAUUGGACAUGAUGAUCGAAGAAAUCGACACGGACGGUUCCGGCACCGUAGAUUUCGAU